AUGUCCACCCACAAAAUCUUCGCCCCAGGAGGCGCCAACGACUCACAACAAUACACCAAAGGAUCCCUCGACGAAUCCCAACUCGACCCGAACCCCUUCACCCAAUUCGACAUCUGGUUUAAGCACGCCAACGAGGAAAAAGUCCACCAACCGGAAACCGUGACGUUAUCCACCGUCGAACUUCCCUCAGGCCGGGUCAGCGCUCGGAUGGUGUAUCUCAAGGAAAUGGACGAGCGCGGGUUUGUCAUCUACAGCAAUUGGGGCACGUCACGCAAGGCAUCUGAUAUUUCGUCGACGCCGCAGCCGUAUGCGGCUUUGACGUUUUGGUGGCAUGAACUAGAGCGGCAGGUGAGGGUUGAGGGGCCUUGUGAACGCCUAAGUCGAGAGGAAAGCCAGGUGUAUUUCGACACUCGGAUCCGAGGGAGCCGGAUCGGGGCGUGGGCGAGCCAGCAGUCGCAGGUUUUGAGGGAUCGAGCGGAGUUGGAGCAGAGGGUCAAGGAUAUCGAGGAGAGGUUUGGGGGUGAGGGGGAGGGGAGAAUCCCCGUGCCGGAGUUUUGGGGCGGGUUGAGGGUGAAGCCGGAGAUGGUUGAGUUUUGGCAAGGUCGUCCGUCGAGGUUGCACGAUCGGUUUCGUUAUACCCGGACUCAAGGCGAGGGAGGGGAGUGGAAGAUUGAGAGGCUGAGUCCGUGA